AUGCGCGCAGUCCUGCACCGCAGGCGCCGUACCAUGGACCAUCCCGGGAAACCAUGCCUCCUCGUCUUCCUGACGACCGUCCUACUCGUCCUUGCAGUUCUUGGCCCAUGCGUUCUCGCAGAUGGCAGCAAAGAUGUUGAUGCAGGAGCCAAUAACGGGAUGCAGACCCCCGAGGUCGGGCGGGCCAACGUCACCGUCAGGAACGCCGCCGGCUGCGCCCCGGGCCAGCCCGGAUGGCACCCCGGAGGCCCUGGCCACCCCGGAUGGCACCCCCCAGGCAACGUCCCCGGGCACCCCGGAGGCCCCGGAUGGCACCCCCCUGGCAACGUCCCCGGGCACCCCGGGGGCCCCGGAUGGCACCCCCCGGGCAACGGAUACGGCCAGCCCGGAGGCAACGGGUACCAUCAGCCGUGGACGCCGACUCCGACGCCGCAAGUGCGCAGCCCUAUCAGGAGCGCCGCCGCCGCCGACCACCGGCACGGGCAUUGCGCGGCGGGCUUCUCUGUAUUCCUCCUUGGUGCCAUCGUCAGCUGGUUGCUUCGUUUUUAA